AUGCGUCUCAGUCGGUUCUCAUUGCUGGCUCUGGGAGCCGCAACAGCUAGCGCUUUUCGCGACACCUCGCCCUUUUUCCUUGCAUCCACUUCCGAGAUCCUCUCCACUCCUGCACAACUAAAAUCCGCAACCGCCCUGCUUGACGAACUCUCCACGAAACUCGGCUCAUGCCCCUCUGACUACUAUGUCAUCGCUUCCCAGCCUGGGGUGCACAGCACCGACUUUGCUACGGCCAAAUCCGCCCCCCGCCUAGGAGCGAAGAUGACAGGCGAGGAUAAGGCGAUUCGAUCCACUAUGAUUGUCAAUGAAGUUGCAGGCGUACUGGAGACGAAGCAGGUCCGAAACAUUCUCGAGACGCAAUGUGGUGCCCAGACGACAGUUAUCGAUGCUUCAUCCGGUUCAUAUUCAACUGAGUUUGGCAACGAGCCUCGGAUCAUCCUCGUCGAAUUCUCUUCGCUUCCUCUCGGUUCUGAGCGAGUGCAACAGUUGUCCGACAAUGACGGGCUCCUUUCUGACAUUGUCGGCCGACUCCCAUCGGAGAAAUAUACCAUCCUCUAUCUUACCACCCCCAGAGAGUUUGAAGAUAGUGAUCCUCCUGUCUACAAGUCUCCGGGCGACCAGUACCAAGAUACUAUCCACAUGGAUCUGAAGCGAGACUAUUCUUCCCACUCCCGUCGUGACGGUACAACGAACAACUCUAUCUUCCAUGAGUACCAGUACUUCACCCCAGGCAUCUUCAUGGGCCUUAUCGCGACUUUCUUUUUCAUUGCCAUCCUGUACGUCGGUCUCAGCGCCCUGAUGAGCCUACAGGUCUCCUACGCAGCCUUUGAGAAGGACACUUCUUCGUCUGUGCAGAAGAAGCAGCAGUAA